AUGUGCCACUUUCAGGUUUCCUCACACACUGCAGCGUACUGGUGUGUACAUUCCAUUUUUUUAGUACAUAGGGUUGCUGGCAGAUUACGGGACCUUCCUACUAGCUGCUGUCCAGCAGCCCCCAAAUCUGCCAUAGGGCCCCACUGUAUCCCAAGCCUCCCAUCAUGCUGCUGCCCAAGCCAGGUCCCACAGUAAGUCUCAUGCCAGAUGUGCCACUGUUCAGGUCUCCUCACCACUGCUGCUGCUGCCAGGGGGGCCCCUAAUCUGCCAUGAGCCCCUAUAUACCGCCUCCUCAUGCUGCUAGCCAAGUCCACAAGUCUGUCAUGGGUCCUGUUGUUAGCCUCCCAUUGCUGCUGUACUCCAAUCGCCACACUCUGCAUCAUGUGCCACUUUCAGGUCUCCUCACACUGCGCUGGUGUGUUGAAUUUU